AUGACAACUUUACGACUAUCUAUAUUGGCUCUUGCCCUGCCUACGUUCGCCUUGGCCGUCCCGCACCAUCGAUCGCUCGAUACCGGCCUGCACAUCCCACUCUCCCGACGUGGAUCUAUCCUCGCCAAUCGCGCAGAUGUCAAUGCCGACUUGAAUGUGCUUUUCACGAUGAUGAACUGUACGCGGGUCAAGUACAACUACACUUCGCCCGAAGACUGCUCGACCUUGCUGCCUUCGAACUCGACAUCGAAGAGGAUGCUCUUGCCUAGACAAAGCUCGGGAAAUGCAAGCCUCAUUGACCAGGGACAAGACGUUACCUACUAUGCUUCUAUCAACGUCGGCACGCCUGCACAGACAUUCGAUGUGGUCAUGGAUACGGGCUCGUCGGAUCUAUGGGUUGAGACGACACAAUGCACCAACUGUCCUCGGGGGAAUGCUCAGCUGGACACGAGUCGAUCCUCGUCCAUCAGCACAACCACCAAUCAACUGUCGUUUACGUAUGGUCAAGGUCGAGCGCAGGGAACGAGCACUACGGACACCGUGAGCCUGGCGGGGUUCACCGUCAGCUCUCAGACGUUUGGUGCUGUCACGCAGAUCUUCGACAAUGUUAUCCCCAUUCAGGGCUCCGGAUUGAUGGGACUGGCGUUCCAGUCGCUUGCAGCCACAAGAGCCCCUCCAUUCUGGCAGGCCCUCAUAAACGGCAAUCAGCUCUCCGCCUCAGAGUUCUCCAUUUAUCUUGCACGGAACUUUCAGACUGCUACGUCAGGGAACGACCAGAACUUCGGCGGUUCAAUCACCUUUGGCGGUCGCAACACCUCUCUGUUCCAGGGCGAUGUUGACUUCCAGAACUUCCCCAACGGGAUGUCGCCUGCCUUUUGGUAUCAAAACGUUGCUUCUCUGACAGUGAACGGUAACUCCGUCAGUAUCAGCAACGGUUUGGCCGCCAUCGACACCGGAACUACUCUUCUCGCCGGCCCGCCAGAUAGCGUCGCAGACUUCUACAACCAGAUACCUGGCUCGAGAUCUAUCGGACAGGGAAUGUACUCCUACCCGUGCAGCACGUCUCUGAACGUUACAAUCUCUUUCGGUGGUCGUUCGUGGCCUAUAAGCCCAGUUGACCUCAAUCGCGGACCGACUGGUGGUGGACAGUGUGUGGGUAGUAUUGCAUCCAUGCAGGGCAGCCCUCCCAGUGCCACUUUCCCGGCGUGGAUCAUCGGGGAUGUGUUCCUGAAGAACGUCUACGCCGUCUUCCGCUCGAACCCGCCUUCAGUGGGUUUCGCAGAACUGACGGACGCGGCUGGUGGAUCCUCUGGUACGCCGGGUGCUGGACCGGCCACGAAUCCGGGCUCUAGCAGUAACAACCAGAAUAAUGCCGCGUAUGCUGUCUCUCCUUCCUCAUACGCACUGGCAUCGCUGUCUGCGCUCGGCGUGUACCUCUCCCUGUAG